AACGUCGGUAAGGUCAUAACGGUCGGUUGUUCCACCGGCUAAGCUAGUGUUAGCACAAAGCUAGCUAGCACUUCUCUUUCAUUUCAGCCUUUAACAUUACCACUUAACGUUAGCUUUAACCAGCUAACAUUAACUGAUAAAACCUAGCUAGCCUUCUGGCCUGUGCAGCUUUAUCAUUUGUUGCCAUGUAACUUAGACGUUAGGUCAGCGCCGUGAGGAUUAAUAAUAGCCAGUGUUUAGUUCGAAAUCCUAACGUUACUUUUAGUGAGUAACGUUAAACUGGGAGGAUUCGACAAAUUGUUGGUCUUAUAGCUAACUGAUACUUGGGCGUUACACCCCUCUCAUCAGGACCACUUCCCCCUCCCCCUCGGCAAAUCAGACUUUCUAGGGGAAUAACCGUUAACGUAAGUGUGCCUAGUGUACUGGAAGGAUGGAGACUCUGAUUCCCACCAUCAACCGGCUGCAAGAGGUGUUUCUCACAGUGGGUGCAGAGGUCAUACAGCUCCCUCAGAUAGUCGUGGUCGGAUCUCAGAGCAGUGGAAAGAGCUCUGUGUUGGAGAGCCUGGUUGGACGGGACUUUCUGCCUCGGGGAUCAGGAAUAGUCACGAGACGACCCCUCGUGUUGCAACUUGUUAAUGUUGCCCCUCUGCAGGAGAGACUGAAGAACGAGAAUGGAAAUGGGGUAAAGCAAAAUGCCCAAAGCAGCUACCCAGGUGUCAAAGCUGAAGAAUGGGGUACAUUCCUGCACUGCAAGAACCAGAUCUUUGCAGAUUUUCAGGAAAUCCGUCGGGAAAUUGAAGCCGAGACUGAACGCGGUUCAGGUGACAACAAGGGAAUCACUCCAGAGCCCAUAUAUUUGAAGAUUUUCUCCCCCAAAGUCCUUAAUCUGACCCUGGUUGAUUUACCUGGAAUUACUAAGGUUCCCGUUGGCGACCAGCCAGAGGAUAUUGAGGCACAAGUACAAGAGAUGAUCCUGUCCUUCAUCUCCAAUCCAAACUCUCUCAUCCUCACAGUGUCCCCUGCCAAUUCUGACUUGGCCACCUCUGAUGCUCUGAAAUUGGCUCGCGAGGUCGAUCCAGAUGGUCGUCGAACACUGCUGGUGGUCAGUAAGCUAGACCUGAUGGAUGCAGGGACUGAUGCUCUGGAGGUCCUUCUGGGUCGAGUCAUUCCAGUCAGACUUGGGAUUAUUGGAGUGGUUAACAGGAGCCAGCAUGACAUCAAUACCCAGAAGAGCCUGGAGGACACAGUGAGGGAUGAGCAUGCCUUCCUGCAGCGCCAUUACCCCUCGCUGGCCUCCCGCGCCGGCUCACGCUAUCUAGCCAAAACUCUCAGCCGGCUGCUCAUGCACCACAUCCGGGACUGCCUGCCAGAGCUCAAAACCCGAGUAACCGUGCUCAGUGCCCAGUACCAGGCGCAGCUCAACAGCUACGGCCAGCCAGUCGAGGACCACAGUGCCACCCUGCUGCAGAUAGUCACCAAGUUUGCUAGCGAUUACUGCAACACCAUCGAGGGAACAGCCAGAUACAUCCAGACCUCCGAGCUCUGUGGGGGUGCUCGGAUCUGUUACAUAUUCCAUGAGACCUUUGGGCGCACUUUGCAGUCCAUCGACCCCCUGGGAGGACUGACGGAGCUUGAUAUCCUCACUGCCAUCCGCAAUGCAACGGGUCCGCGGCCAGCACUUUUUGUUCCCGAGGUGUCCUUUGAGUUGUUGGUGAAGCGGCAAAUUAAGCGGCUGGAGGAGCCAAGUAUGCGCUGUGUAGAGCUGGUUCACGAAGAGCUGCAGAGGAUCAUCCAGCACUGCUCCUCCUACAGCACACAGGAGCUUAUACGUUUCCCCAAACUGCACGAUUCCAUUGUGGAAGUAGUGACUGGAUUACUGAGGAAGCGCUUGCCGGUUACUAAUGAAAUGGUACACAAUUUAGUAGCAAUAGAGCUCGCCUACAUCAACACAAAACACCCAGACUUCACGGAUGCAGCUCAGGUCUCUGCGUCCGUCAACAGUCAGCAGGCGGAGGCUCUUGAUGGAGGGAAGCGCUGGAAGAACGAGAAGGUUGCAGAAGAGAGGAUUCCGGCUGCAGGCUUUGGCAGUCCCAGCAAAAGCCAGGCUAUUAACCUCCUCGACUCAGCAAUGCCCGUAUCCCGCAAGCUGAGUGCAAAGGAGCAGAGGGACUGCGAGAUCAUCCAGCGCCUCAUCAAGUGCUACUUCCUCAUUGUCCGCAAAAGCAUCCAGGACAGUGUGCCCAAGACAGUGAUGCACUUCCUGGUGAACUUUGUGAAAGAGCAUCUGCAGAGUGAGCUGGUGGGUCAGCUUUACAAACAGGGACUGCUGCAGGAGCUGCUCAUUGAGUCCCAGGACACGGCACAGCAGCGGACCGAGGUGGCUCAAAUGCUUGAGGCACUCAAAAAAGCCAAUAACGUCAUCUCUGAGAUGAGGGAGACGCAUCUGUGGUAGCCAGAGGAAACCAACGAUUCCCUUUGUCAUAGGACUGCUUAAGAGUAUGAGAGUGGAUGUGAGUUUACAGCACAGAGUGCGUCUGUGUGAUAGUGUGCACGUUUGUCUAUGUGUGGCAGCACCACUGUUUUCUCUCAUGGACCAAUGACCAUAGCGCAUUUAGAUCAGCUGUCCUGACCAGUACACUGGGGCUGUUGCUUUUCACUGUGAACGUUGUGUAGCAAAGCAAAUUAAUUAAACUCUCAGGCCGAAAGUGUUUCUGCUAAGUUGAAAUGUGAAAGCCACAGCUGCGAACAAAUUAUUAUUGUUAUUAUAAUUCUAUUUGCUGUAAAUGUGAGAUGUAUAUUAUAUGUGGAGUAUUUAAGAUGUUCUCUGGGGUGUUUUAUUUCCGGGGAUCAAAACGUGUUCACACUGUAUAAUUCUACACUUUCCCAAAAAACAACAACCUGGGCUUCCUCUGAGUCCCUUAAGCAGUUGCUGAAAUAAUAAUGAAAUAUGUUAGAUUAGAUAUGAUCCAACUUUAAUCCCUUUGUUGGAGCACUCUUCAGCGAUGGAAAUGAAGUGGAAAUCCAACUCAAUCAAUGCUGACUGAAAUACAGGACUGAAGACAGACCAUCAUUUGCAGAAAUUACAGAAUGAACGCAGAUAGUUUUUCCAGCUCUGUCGUGCUUAUCUAUAUCAGCUUCAUUUUUUUUCAGAGCCAGAUUUACAUAUCAGCCCUUUACCGUUAACGGUUGCACUGACUUUCUAGCUUUGUGUGUAGUCAUAAACGAGGAAACCAAACAUUCUCAACAUGCAUUUACAUUUACCUCUGUAGGAGACUCGCACAUAGAACUGGACAGUUAUAGUAUGUUGUUUUGUUUUUUUUAUAUAUA